AUGACAAAUAGAGGAAAAGAAGUACCAUUACACGUGACCACCAGCACAAGCGAAGGACAAAACGCGACAUCUGACAAUAGAAAAAAGGACAAAACACGACACCUGACAACACGAAGAAAGGGCAAACCACAACACCCGACACCACGAAGAAAGGACAAACCACGACACCCGACACCACGAAGAAAGGACAAACCACGACACCCGACACCACGAGGAAAGGACAAACCACGACACCCGACACCACGAGGAAAGGACAAACCACAACACCCGACACCACGAAGAAAGGACAAACCACGACACCCGACACCACGAAGAAAGGACAAACCACGACACCCGACACCACGAAGAAAGGACAAACCACAACACCCGACACCACGAAGAAAGGACAAACCACGACACCCGACACCACGAAGAAAGGACAAACCACGACACCCGACACCACGAGGAAAGGACAAACCACGACACCUAACACCACGAAGAAAGGAUAAACCACGACACCUGACACCACGAGGAAAGGACAAACCACGACACCCGACACCACGAGGAAAGGACAAACCACGACACCCGACACCACGAGGAAAGGACAAACCACGACACCCGACACCACGAGGAAAGGACAAACCACGACACCCGACACCACGAAGAAAGGACAAACCACAACACCCGACACCACGAGGAAAGGACAAACCACGACACCCGACACCACGAAGAAAGGACAAACCACAACACCCGACACCACGAGGAAAGGACAAACCACGACACCUGACACCACGAGGAAAGGACAAACCACGACACCUGACACCACGAGGAAAGGACAAACCACAACACCCGACACCACGAGGAAAGGACAAACCACGACACCUGACACCACGAGGAAAGGACAAACCACGACACCUGACACCACGAAGAAAGGACAAACCACGACACCCGACACCACGAAGAAAGGACAAACCACAACACCCGACACCACGAGGAAAGGACAAACCACGACACCCGACACCACGAGGAAAGGACAAACCACGACACCUGACACCACGAGGAAAGGAAAAACCACGACACCCGACACCACGAAGAAAGGACAAACCACAACACCCGACACCACGAGGAAAGGACAAACCACGACACCUGACACCACGAGGAAAGGACAAACCACGACACCUGACACCACGAAGAAAGGACAAACCACGACACCUAACACCACGAGGAAAGGACAAACCACAACACCUAACACCACGAGGAAAGGACAAACCACAACACCUAACACCACGAGGAAAGGCAAAACCACGACACCCGACACCACGAGGAAAGGAAAAACCACGACACCCGACACCACGAAGAAAGGACAAACCACGACACCUGACAACGCGAUGUAAGGACGAACUAUGA